CGAAAAUAUGGGUAUCAAUUACGAUAAGUGGGAUAACCUCGAGGAGUAUUCUUCAUCUGAUGAGGACGAUAGAGAAAGUGUCGCAGCUGCUCUAAGGUUCAAGACGCUUGCAACAGACGAAACAAAGCCAAAGGGAUUGUUGAUAACCGUACCAUGGGACACAUAUUGUGAAGCUGUGCGAUGGGCAUUGGAUCGACAUGGUGUUACAUACAUAGAGGACAACUAUCCUUGGGGGGGACAUAUAUGGGCGACUUUCGGGUUUUCACAACCGAUGCCAAAAGACCAGCAAGUGAACGUCCCGAUCUUUAGAUCCGGCAAAGGAGAGAUCUUUCGACGCUCACCCGUGGACAUUUUUACCUGGCUGUUCGCUCAUUCCCUCUCCACGACACUCCGCCUUUACACCCCUCCAGACGCACUAGACUUUCAGACAAUGUAUGAUACCUUACUAGCACCUGCUGCACGCCACAUAUUCUUGCACGUGGUCCUCAAUGACCAUAGGCUGGCAAGGAAGUAUCUGAUCGAAACGGUACACUUGAAACCGUGGCGAGCAGCGUACGCGGUAGCCUGGCCCAUAAUUCGUCUAGUCAUGAAAUCAUGGUUCGGGAUAGGUUCUCACCGAGCAUUGCUCAAUGCGCUAAACGAAGUGAGCCAAGUAUUUUCCAAAGUUGAGCAAGUGCUGGAAAAGCAAAGCGCAUCGGUACCAAGAGGAAAAGAGCCCUACAUAUGCGGACCAAAGCUUACAGCAGCAGACAUAUCGUUUGCGUCCCAUUGUAUUCCCAUUUUGUUUCCCAACCCUCAGAAGGAUUCCUAUGCUACCCGCUUAGGCAUGUCAGUGCCUUCGUUAAGUGAGCUGCCAAAAUCACUGGCCGAAAAAGUGAAGGAAUUGCGCGAAACUCGGGCAGGGAGACAUGCCAUUAGGAUGUGGAGGAAGGAAAGGGGCGAUUCGUUGAGAACGUGGCGGACGCGAUACGGGAAAGAGAACAAUCCUUGGUGGGCGGAUGAAGCACGGUUGAGCAGUAUCAUCUGGGGGAUCAUUACAAUCGCGAUUGGCCUGAUGGUGGCCCUUGUUAAGGCGUACGGUUUCUGGUUUGCAACUCUCGUAUUGAUGGGAGUCACCGCCGUUGCUGCCUGCGCCCUAACAAUUAUGAUGAAAGGCACGGUUUGGGAAACCCGCGUAAAGCAAAUGUGGUUCGUCUGUUUCAGCAAUCACAACAUAUCUGAACCGGCUGACAAAGGCAGUGCGAGGACUCCAAACAAGACGCUACGGGAAGUCAAAGCAUGGACACCAUCGCGUGAGAGGGAGCAAAAGAAGGAGCGUGCGAUGUAGUAAGGUAAGAGAACAGUG